AUGUAUGCUACCGGUAUACCGGCUGGCAUGAUGAUAGACGCCAAAACCCCAAGGUGGGGAAUCGUUCUGGGCAUCUUCUUCUUCGGUAUUGGCUAUUAUCCUAUUGCUCGAGCAUACCUGGCUGGACCUGGUGCCUACAGCGUGGCUUCUAUAUGCUUGUUCUCCUUCUUCACCGGCGCGGGCAGUUGUUCCGCCUUUACCGCGUCCAUCAAAGCAGCCGCAUUGAGUUUUCCCGAUGCACGAGGGACCGCCACAGCCUUCCCGCUGGCAGCCUUUGGUCUGAGCGCGUUGUUCUUUGCAGGAAUUGCCUUGCUUCUCCCUUCCGGAGUUUACAGCUUCCUUGUUCUCCUGGCUGCCGGCACCGUUGUACUUCCGCUGAUAUCGCUUCCAUUUGUUCGUGCUCCCACCCACCGCACCUAUCAACACCUACCGCAGCACGAGAACCAAGUACUCCGUCGGACUAGCUCCUCUACCAGCCGACAAGAACAAUCUCGUAACUCUGAAGAACCAGGUGCGCUCAUUGAAUCUCAAAAUCACAAAUCCCCAACGACGAACAACUGCAUAGAUGCAUCUGGACCCCUUCCCAUCCUUGAAGCAUCCAGCACCGAAAAUUCCUCCUUACUCUCCACCACUUCAGAAGACCUUGAAGACCUUGAAAAUUCCAAGCAUUCCCACUCUGACAAGACCCUUGAUUCCCCUCAUCUAGACAUUCGUGGUUUUGCCCUUCUACCCCUUCCUGAAUUUUGGCAAUUAUUCUGUAUGCUCGGGCUUUUGACUGGCAUCGGCUUGAUGACAAUUAACAAUAUCGGCAACGACGCUCAAGCACUUUGGAAACACUAUGACCCCUCGACUACAAGCGAAUUCAUUGAAAAACGCCAGGCAAUGCAUGUCUCAAUUCUAUCAUUUUUCUCCUUUUCCGGACGUCUCCUCUCCGGCAUUGGCAGCGACAUACUGGUAUCGAAACUUGGUCGGUCGCGAUUCUGGUGCCUCUUUGUCUCCGCUCUCAUUUUCUGCUUCGCACAAGUCACCGGAACCGCAGUGGAAGACCCGCACUUCCUGAUCCUCGUCUCGGGACUCACAGGCCUCGCCUAUGGCAUUCUGUUUGGAGUGUACCCGAGCCUGGUGGCACAUUGUUUCGGGGUACACGGUUUGAGCCAGAACUGGGGCACCAUGACCCUCGCUCCCGUCAUCUCGGGAAACAUCUUCAACCUGCUGUACGGUUGGAUCUAUGACUCCCACAGCGAGAUCAACGACGAGAAGGGCAGUAUGGAGUGCCUUAUCGGCCGCAGGUGCUAUGCCCAGGCAUAUUGGGUCGCACUAGGCGCCGCUCUGAUUGGUGUGGCCACGUGUUUGUGGACUAUCCGCCAUGAGUAUCUGGUGCACAGUAAACAAAACACAGCAAAUGGCCGCGGCCAAGGCUUCAAUAGAAGGUCGGACCAUGAGAGACUCGCCUAG